UUGGCGAUAACAACCGUAUUGAAGUCAAACCCGGUGCUGACAACAUAAGACGCACUGCAAGUGGGGAGAAGUAACACAUUUUCCACAUUCAGAGAUCGUCUUCUAUCAGCGGCACAGGUUGGCAAUAACAACCAAAUCGAAGUCGGACCAGCUGCGGACAACAUAGACGCACUGCAAGUGGGGAGAAGCAACACAUUUUCCAUAUCCAGUGGUCCUUCGACUCAGGGCUUAGAGUUUACCAUAACGGCAACCGAUGAACUGUGCCUUGAAAUCAAGAGUCACAUCGACAGAAACAUUCCCCGCAUAAACGUCCUCCUGAAACCACUGAAGGCCAGGGUUGAGUCCACAGAUUUAGGAUCUGUCAUCAUCAGGGUCACAGUGGAGCCGGGAACAAAACUUGGACCAGUUUGGCUAGGGGAAGUCAUCACUACGAUCCUGCCUGAAGACAUCUUUGCUAAACUGCCAAAAGGUACCCGAAUGGAAGUCUGCAUCAGUGCAUCUCUUCCACUCACCCCUCUGGACGUGGAUAUGUUCGAGUUAAAAGGUGAAAAAUGGUAUAUUACAGAAUACGCAUCUGACAUUACCAGGAAGGAUGAAACAGGUCGUAGCAUGCUCCACCAAGGGGCCAUACUUGGAUAUAGGACUGUUGUCAGUUUAAGUCUAAAAGCUGGCUGCAAUGUAGACCAUCCAGAUAGUUUUGGAAACACUGCUCUUCACUAUGCAGCAAUGUUAAAGGAAAAUAGUGCGUCUGUGUCUAGGCUGCUUAUUGAAGGAGGAACAAGCAUUGAGGCGGUUAACAGAGUUGGAUACACACCACUACAUUGUGCUGUCGCUAUGAAGAACUUGGAGAUAGUUGAACUCUUUGCAGAAAAGUUUGGAAAUAAAGAGAGCAAUCCUACAUCCAGCAACCCUACAGACGUAUCAUAUCUUACAAAACUCAUGGUCAAACAUGGAGCAGAAGUCAACGCUCUCAACAAAGAAAAGCUCACACCAUUACAAGUGGCUGCUUCGUGGCAAAGUUUUAAUGUUGUGGCAGUUUUACUUACUGAAGGCGCUGACGCGAAUGUUGUCGAUACAAAUGGUCAAACACCACUGCACCAUGUAUUUGGGUCAAACCAGAAAACUGGUGCAGUUACUAAGACAUACAGACUAAAGGAAGCUCCGAGAAAAAGUCAUGAUGGGCCCCAAUCUGUAGAUACAGAUAAACCUGAUAAUGAUGGAGAUAGUGAAGCUCCAUCUUCAAAGUUUGACAUACCAGAUAGUAAAGGUAAUACUCCACUCCACAGUGCACUCAAGGGAAACUUCACACAAGGAGCUAUCACUCUAGUGAAAGCUGGGGCAAGUGUAACUAUCAAGGACAAUGUCAUGGACACACCCCUCCAUAUACUUGCGAGAAAUACAAACAUGAUGAAUACUAACAGCGAAACUGAUGCAGUAAUGAAGGUUAUUGAAUGCAGCAGAGAUAUCAAUGUUAAAGAUAACAGUGGUAAUACACCUUUGAUGGUGGCUGUCGAGAUGAACAAAGACAUCUCACCGCUGCUCAAAGCUGGAGCUGAUGUCAAUGCUAAAAAUGUACAUGGCGAUGCAUCACUAAUCAUAGCUGUUCAAAGGGACCAUGUGAAAAUGGUAAAAACAUUAAUAAAGGCCGGAUCUGAUGUGAACACGAGCAAAUCACGUGGUGAUACAGCUUUGAUGAUAGCUGUAGAGAGGGGAUGUAAGGAAAACGUUUUAGCAAUAGUCCAAUGUGGGGCGGAUGUCAAUGCUAAAAAUGUACAUUUUGGUGAAACAGCGCUCCACAAAGUUGCUAAGCAUGCAAUAUCAAAGCAAGCGGUACAUGCGAGAAGAAACGUUGAGGAAAAAGGUAAAACACCUUCAAGUCCAUUCAACAUAAGUCAUGAUAUUGCAGACAUUCUUGAAACUCUUCUCAUAGCUGGAGCCGACAUCAAUGCCAAAGAUCACAAAAGUAAAACACCUCUGAUGACUGCUAUAGAGGGAAUUUCAAAGGAGAGAGAGGGAGAAAGUAACCUCAUCCCACAAUUAAUUGCUGGGGGAGCUAAUGUGAACGCUCAAGAUUCGGUUGGUCAGACGCCCCUGAUGAUGGCUGUAGAAGCAGGACAUGAUAUCUCACCACUACUCACAACUGGGGCAGAUGUCAAUUUAAAGAAUAAAUCUGGUAAAACAGCACUUCAUCUUGUCUAUGAAAACGGUUAUGGCUUUGACACAAUGACCGUCCCAAAACUGAUAGCUGCUGGAGCUGACGUCAGUGCUCAAGAUAGUGACGGUAACACGCCCCUGAUGAUGGCUGUAGAAGCAGGACAUGAUAUCUCACCACUACUCACAACUGGGGCAGAUGUCAAUUCAAAGAAUAAAUCUGGUGAAACAGCGCUUCAUCUUGUCUAUGAAAACGGUUAUGACUUUGACACAACAAUCAUCCCAAAACUGAUUGCUGCUGGAGCUGACGUCAGUGCUCAAGAUAAUGACGGUAACACGCCCCUGAUGAUGGCUGUAGAAAGAGGACAUGAUAUCUCACCACUACUCACAACUGGGGCAGAUGUUAAUUCAAAGAAUAUAUCUGGUAAAACAGUGCUUCAUCUUGUCUGUGAAAACGGUUAUGGCUUUGACACAAUGAUCAUCCCAAAACUGAUUGCUGCUGGAGCUGACGUCAGUGCUCAAGAUAAUGACGGUAACACGCCCCUGAUGAUGGCUGUAGAAGCAGGACGUGAUAUCUCACCACUACUCACAGCCGGGGCAGAUGUUAAUUUAAAGAAUAAAUCUGGUAAAACAGCACUGCAUUUUGUCUCUGAAAACGGUUAUGGCUUUGGCAUAAUGAUCAUCCCAAAACUGAUUGCUGCUGGAGCUGACGUCAGUGCUCAAGAUAAUGACGGUAACACGCCUCUGAUGAUGGCUGUAAAAGCAAGACGUGAUACCUCACCACUACUCACAACUGGGGCAGAUGUCAAUACAAAGAAUAAAUCUGGUAGAACAGCGCUUCAUCUUGUCUAUGAAAACGGUUAUGGCUUUGCCACAAUGAUCAUCCCAAAAUUGAUUGCUGCUGGAGCUGACGUCAGUGCUCAAGAUAAUGACGGUAACACGCCCCUGAUGAUGGCUGUAAAAGCAGGACAUGAUAUCUCACCACUACUCAUAACUGGGGCAGAUGCCAAUUCAAAGAAUAAAUCUGGUGAAACAGCGCUUCAUCUUGCCUGUGAAAACAGUCAUGGUUUGUACACAAUGAUGAUCCCAAAACUGAUUGCUGCUGGAGCUGACGUCAGUGCUCAAGAUAAUGACGGUAACACGCCCCUGAUGAUGGCUGUAGAAGCAGGACGUGAUAUCUCACCACUACUCACAGCCGGGGCAGAUGUUAAUUUAAAGAAUAAAUCUGGUAAAACAGCACUGCAUUUUGUCUCUGAAAACGGUUAUGGCUUUGGCAUAAUGACCAUCCCAAAACUGAUUGCUGCUGGAGCUGACGUCAGUGCUCAAGAUAAUGACGGUAACACGCCUCUGAUGAUGGCUGUAAAAGCAGGCCUUGAUGUCUCACUACUACUCACAACUGGGGCAGAUGCCAAUUCAAAGAAUAAAUCUGGUAAAACAGCACUUCAUCUUGUCUAUAAAAACUGGUAUGGCUUUGACACAAUGACCGUCCCAAAACUGAUUGCUGCUGGAGCUGACGUCGGUGCUCAAGAUAAUGACGGUAACACGCCUCUGAUGAUGGCCGUAGAAGCACGCCGUGAUACCUCACCACUACUCACAACUGGGGCAGAUGUCAAUUCAAAGAAUAAAUCUGGUAAAACAGCGCUUCAUCUUGUCUAUGAAAACCAUUAUCGCUUUGACAUAAUGAUCAUCCCAAAACUGAUUGCUGCUGGAGCUGACGUCAGUGCUCAAGAUAAUGACGGUAACACGCCCCUGAUGAUGGCUGUAAAAGCAGGACGUGAUAUCUCACCACUACUCACAGCCGGGGCAGAUGUUAAUUUAAAGAAUAAAUCUGGUAAAACAGCACAGCAUUUUGUCUAUGGAAACCGUGAUGGCUUUGACACAAUGAUCAUCCCAAAACUGAUUGCUGCUGGAGCUGACGUCAGUGCUCAAGAUAAUGACGGUAACACGCCUCUGAUGAUGGCUGUAGAAGCAGGACGUGAUAUCUCACCACUACUCACAGCCGGGGCAGAUGUUAAUUUAAAGAAUAAAUCUGGUAAAACAGCACUGCAUUUUGUCUCUAAAGGCAAUCGUCUCUCUUCCCGUUCUCAAAAGACAUUCAGUGUUUCCCGACUGAUUGCUACAGGAGCUGACGUCAAUGCUCAAGAUAAUGAUGGCAACACAUCUCUUCACAUGUGUAUAAUGUAUAAUGAUUACCAUAAUGCCAUGGUAUUAUUGCACAAUCCAGGGACUGACGUCGGUAUUACAAAUAGAUCUGGACAAUCAAUGUUGCAUCUGGCGGGAGUUAUGGGCGAAAGCUUACCACUACAAUAUCAUGGAUAUUCCCAUUAUCAUUAUACGAAAACGGAAAUGGUGCGGGCAAUCCUCAACAAGAAUCCCGAUCUCCAUGCUCAGGACAAACGAGGCAGAAACCCUUUGGACAUUGCAGAAACGUCAAGCGACAAAGUUCAUGUGCUAAGACAGAAGCGUGUAUCAACAAAAACUAUAGACACAUUCACGCCGAGAGACAGCACGAUCAGCUCGAAUGUUUUUUUGGAUAAAUAUUAG